AUGGGGCUGUACGAAGAUCCCGUAUUACCUGCUUACGUCGACACGACGAGUGAGUGCGCCAAUCUUCAUUUUGGCCUGCUAUAAGCUGAUCGAUGUGUCACUGCGACGUUUAGAUGUCACGGCCAUCGCCGAGUACUAUCUGACGCAUCCAGUGCCACAGCGUCUAGUUCCAGUCAUCAUCGUCGCUAGUGUGGCAGUUUCGGUCCUUGGAUCCUACGCUACUCUUUUGCUGCUUGGCAAGAGGACGGGCAACAAGGGUAUCCGCAAUGUCGCCUUCCUGCUCAUGGCCGCAGUGACCAUGUCGAGCGUCGGCAUCUGGGGAAUGGUGAGUCGAGGGAGACAAGCAUUUCUGUCUUCUUCAACGGUCAACUUACCCGGCAGCACUCUGUUAUAGCACUUCAUCGGCAUGCACAUGACGCUUCAGCCCAUCAACGGCAUCAAUUGGUACUUCUCCUAUUCCCCGGGCUGGACCGUCUUUUCCUUGUUCGCACCCAUGCUUGCCCUCGCCGCCGCUUUCCUCUUCCUCGACAAUGCCGAAUCAGCAACGGGCGCUUUGAGCUACACUCGUAUUGCGCUUGCUGGUGCAGCCGUUGGCGGUCUCAUCGGGCUGAUGCAUUUCAGCGCCGCCCUCUCUGGCAACUUUGGCGUGUCGUACGCCAUUCCGCAGACGAUCGGAGCCGUCAUUCUUGCAAUGGUUGCCACCAUCGUGGCGUUAGGUAGCUUCUUCGCCUUUCGAAGGCAGUGGCAAGACAACUGGCUCAAACGCUUGGCAUGUGCGUCUAUUCUCGCCACUGGUGUCUCAGCCAUGCACUACUUGGCAGUUAGCGGCACGAGCUAUACUGUACGCGCCUCGAGUCUCGGCCAUGAGGCGGCACUGAUGGCCGGCAACAGACGCAACAACGUAGUCACGAUCGCCAUUGGUGGUGAGUCGCUCCUUGAUCGCCCGACGAGUGUCUUGGGCCUUGACAAGCUGACUCAUCGGCACCGUUCCGACAGUCAUGUGCUUCGUGAUUGUGUGCUUCGCCACCGUCCUCGCUGCCAGUGACAUCAAUCUGGCACGUGAGGUGCGCCGUAACUCCAGAAAAGUCGUCGUCGCCUCCGUCGCUUUUGACAAGAGCGGUCGACUUCUGGUGAAAGCUGACGGCAGCCUACCGAUGGUCGUCCUCGAAACCAAGCUGAAAAUGUCUGAAGUGAUGGAUGCGCUCGACAAGAGACAGACCACCUUCCAGUGGCUCUACGCCAUUAGCUGGGACUGGAACAUUGUUGCACCAUUCCUUAAAGCCAUCACUUUGCGUUUCUUGAAGCAAACGCAGGUGGAUGCCCAAGCUGGCACACGCGACGCAAAAGUCCGCGGCAGGCUCUCGAAGCGCGCCAGUCUGGAUGUGGACCAGGAACGGAACCGUGGACCACCAGCGUUGGCAGACUUCCGUGACAGCGUCAUCGAUGCAGCCUCGCAGAUUGCGCGCGAGCUCGACAUUCCGUUCGAGCAGGUCGGUGUUCUCUACGACUCGGUGCUCUCCACGGGUACACGCAAGGCAGCGGCUCAGCAAGCAGCAGACAAAAGGCAAUUGGGACCAUACAAUACCCAGCGGAAUCCUCGCGCUGAUGACGAAAGCUCUAUAGUGGCCCCGAGCAUCUUUGGGGAUGGUGAGGACGAACAGGAAGGUGUGACGCUAUUUCUGGUGCGCGAGUUGCCUACCAGCUCUUCCACCACUGGCGUUGAGAGCGCUGAGCGAUACCGACAACGCGGCUUUCGCGUCACAGAGACUCGCUUCUUGGCCGGUGUGCUUGCAGACCGUUUCGCUGUCCUGAAGCCCGACAUGGAGACCUUGCUCGACUCGUUGAAAGUCUUCGCGAAGCGCGGCACUCGCCCAGUCGUCCAGCCAGGCGGUGUUUACGCCGGACUAUUCGGCGUCCGACCAUCUACUAGCAGGCAAGGCGGCCUCGACGUUCUCGUGUACAACUUUGCACGCCACCAAAUCCCUGCCUACCGCCUACCGGAGGUGGCAUGUGUCACUCCGGAGAUGCGCGAAUUUUUGCGCGACCUCGAUCAGCUCACUCUCGAUGAGGCUGGCAAGGUUUGUGAGCGCGAAGCCCUACGAUCAAGCGAGCGCAAGAAGCAGCUGCGUCUGGAUAAUUCGACCAUCAGUCUGGAUGACCCGGAGCUCAUCGACGAAGAAAUGGCCAUCGAGCUGAUCAUCCGCUUCCAGACGGCAUUGUACAUUGCUCUGGACGCUCUGCACAAUUCGGUGCGCUUUUACCCCAAGCUUGCCACCACCGCACGAAUCAGCGCAGAGGUGCUCGAAGUGCCUUCCAGUCUCGAUGACUCAACGCCGCCCGCCGAGAUGAUCUUGGUGCAGGCCGUUCUGCCCGAAGAGCGAGCUGUGCCGGCGUCGUUCUCCUCCAACAACGGUCUGCCUUCGACGGUGAUUCCAUCCGAGACUCCGAGCUCCGCCACGCCCUUUGUUUUCACACCAUACACUUUGUUUGCCAAGUCGCAGAUGAUGCUGUUGCGUGGCCGACAGGCCGACGACUUUGAGCAUGAGGUCUUGCUGGACCUGCGACGCCGCUACCCUUCGAGCCUCAUGCAGGAGGCGGAGGAGAAGGCCUUGCCCCAUCCUGCGCUCAGACGUCACGGCUCUGUUGGUUCCGACUUCCAUGUGACGAGCUCAGCUGAUCUACUGCACAAGGACAAGAGUAGCGGCGGCCACUCUAUUCUCAAAGCCGGACCGGCGACGAACUGGAGACUUAUGCCAGUCGCUAUCCGCCGCUGGGCAUCCAGAUUCAGCUCGAGGCACAGCGCAGUCGACUUUGACAUGUCCGAGGGCGCACACAAUCAGCAGCAUCGUAUGAGCUUCCAUUCUUCUCGCUCUCGCACCAUGCGUCUCGACUCUGCGACGGACAAGGACUUUGAGAACGGCAAGCUUUCCGAGGUGGGGCACGACAACUCAAAGUCAUCCGAAGCUGGGCACGAAAUGUCCGAGACGGGACACAAUACUGGCGUGCUUCCUGUUCUGCAUCGGGGCGAUGAGCGCAACAAUGUUCUUGUAUCACCUGGCUCCACGCUAGUCGCCUCGGAGACCACCAGUCCACCUAACCGUGGCAAUGCCGCUCAUUCUGCGGCAGACGCGUCACCGCCCCGUCACAAGUCCUCGCAGCGUCCCGACACUGCGAACACAACCGCUUCUCUUGGCAUCAGACGCUUUACGCAAGAUGGCGGAGCUGCCGCCUUUGCGGCUAAUUAUGUUACGCAACUUAGUCAGAGCAAAUUCGCUCGAGCACCUGAGGAAGACCAGAUCGAAGAAGAGAGCUUUGAAAGCGGACAUGAUUCGGAGGCUGCAAGAGGCCUUGCUGCUCCUCUCGAGCUUGCCACUAUCAAUGCUUCUAGCGCAAGCUCGCCUACAAAGGCAGAUGUUUCCCCAUCGCCAUCUGUCGACGUGAAUCGAGCCGCGGCAGUCGCUUUCAGCACGCCGCGCGCUGAUCGAAUCGCCACUGCAGAGUCGCCGCUACCUGCUGUGCCCAAGACUCCCACCCGUGCGCCAAAUAGGCGUGUACAUGGAUCUGGCCAACGUCCAUUUACUGCUCCUGCCAGUUCCAGAAGGCCUGGCUCCGCUCGUCCACACACUGCAGACCCGUCCAAGAGCCCGGUGCUGAGCCAACGCCAUGCUGUCAACUCGACGCAUCAAAACGAAGCUUCCAUGAUGGCACGACUGCGAUCCGACGACUGGGCUCAGCGACAACUUCGUUGCCUGGAGCGAGGCGCUAAUGCCUCUAAUCUCUUGGGCGUCGACUACUAA